AUGGGCUCAAGCGCUCGUCCGGUGUCUACUUUCUUUGGUGUGGAUGCAACUGGACCCAGCCCGUUUAACGCACCUGAGCCCAAAGACGAGAAGGCACAGCCCGCAGUUUAUACCAGGCAAUUCGUGUCUAGACGUCUAAAGGGACCUGUGGAGAAGCCUUGGUUGCUGGAGGAGGAUCCUCGAGAGAAGUGGGUAUCGAUCAUUCCGAUCAUUGGUGUUGUCGUUGGCUUCAUCGCUGCUGGGCUGUUGAUCUGGGACGGUAUUCGUGGUGUUGCUCAUCACAAGUACUGCCCUGUUCUCAUCGACGAUUUCACGAACGGUUUGAAUACAUCCAUUUGGAAGCACGACAUUGAGCUCGGUGGAUACGGUAAUGGCGAAUUUGAAUGGACCACUGCGAAUUCGGAUAACUCCUACGUUCAGGAUGGCAAACUCUUCAUCAUGCCAACGCUUACCAACGCAAGUCUUACCUCCAACGAGAUCAACAACGGUUACACCGUCAAUUUGACGGCAACCGGAGAGUGUACUUCGACGACCAAGUACAACUGUGUUGUUACCUCAAACACUACGACGGGUCAGAUCAUUCCUCCCAUUAAGUCUGCGCGCCUUACCACCAAGGGAUCUGCUUCCAUUAAGUACGGCCGUGUCGAGGUCCGUGCUCGUUUACCAAAGGGAGACUGGAUCUGGCCUGCCAUUUGGAUGUUGCCUGUCAACAACACUUACGGUGUUUGGCCAAAGUCUGGUGAGAUCGACAUUGCCGAAUCUCGUGGAAACGACAUUUUCUAUCCCGAGGGUGGUAGGGACAUUAUCUCCUCAACUCUUCACUGGGGUCCUGACUCCGCCAACGAUGGCUACUGGCGUACGAACAACAAGCAUCGUUUGCCGCAUACUUCUUUCGACGAAGGGUUCCAUACCUUUGGUCUCGAAUGGUCAGAAAAAUACCUCUUCACUUACGUGGAUUCUCGCUUGCAGACUGUGCUUUACACCAAGUUUCAGACGCCUUUCUGGGACCGUGGAAGCUUCCCGCUCUCCAAUGCUAACGGUACGACUUAUGUCAACCCUUGGUCUUCGGGUACGGCUUCUACGCCUUUCGAUCAAGAGUUCUACCUUAUCUUGAACGUCGCCGUUGGUGGUACUAAUGGUUGGUUCGUUGAUGGCAAGGACAACAAGCCUUGGGUUGACGCUUCAUCGACUGCUAUGGGUGACUUUUGGAGACAGAGGGACACCUGGUUGCCUACGUGGGGAAGCAGUGAUCGUAGAGCGAUGGUCGUGGACAAGGUCUCGAUGUGGCAGCAGUGCGAUAAUUAG